GCCGCGCCGUGCCACACUGGCCGCCGGAGGGCGGUGCGACGCUCGGCUCGGCGACGGAUGCGGGCGGCGCGCUGGGCCAUGGAGGUUUUCGUGACGCGGCGGAUCCCGGCCGCGGGGCUGCGGGCGCUCUCGGAGGCCGGCGGUUGCACCGUCCGGCAGUGGGAUUCAGAUGAGCCUGUCCCACGUGCUGAGCUGCUAGCCGGAGUGGCUGGAAAGCAGGGCCUGCUCUGUCUCUUAUCUGACCGCAUAGACAAAGAGGUUCUUGAUGCAGCAGGGUCCAGCCUGAAAGUCAUCAGCACUAUGUCUGUGGGGUUUGACCACCUUGCCUUACAUGAAAUUAAAAAGCGAGGGAUCCGCAUAGGGUACACACCUGAUGUACUGACCGAUGCCACUGCCGAGCUCUCUGUAGCUUUACUCCUAGCUACGUGCCGCCGGUUGCCAGAGUCAGUAGAGGAGGUGAAGAAUGGUGGCUGGACAACGUGGAAGCCCUUGUGGAUGUGUGGCUAUGGUCUGUCUGACAGUAUCGUGGGCAUCAUAGGCCUGGGAAGGAUAGGACAGGCAGUUGCCCGCCGUCUAAAGCCAUUUGGAGUCAAGAAAUUUUUGUACGCUGGCAGUCGCCCAAAACCAGAGAUUGCUGCAGAGUUUGAAGCUGAGUUUGUCCCAGUCACAAGGCUGGCUGAAGAGUCAGACUUCAUUGUUGUGACAUGUACCUUGACUCCUGAAACCGAGGGAGUAUGCAACAAGGAUUUCUUCUGCAGAAUGAAGAAAAAUUCUGUGUUCAUCAACACAAGCAGGGGGGCUGUCGUGAAUCAGGAGGACCUGUACAAUGCAUUAGUCAAUGGCCAGAUUGCAGCUGCUGGCCUGGAUGUCACAACUCCAGAGCCACUGCCCGCUGAUCACCCUCUGCUCUCCCUCAAGAACUGUGUGAUUCUGCCACACAUUGGGAGUGCCACCUAUGCCACGAGGAACACCAUGUCAGUGCUGGCAGCUAACAAUCUCCUGGCUGGUCUGAAAGGGGAACCCAUGCCAAGCGAGCUCCUGCUUUGAAGCAAAGCCCAGAAAAUGGCUGCCUCUGCAAAGUUACAGUGUAGAUUUUGACAUUACCCGUGAUGCUGGAGAAGCUUCACAGAUCAGUCUGUCCUUGUUUCCAUCUGCAGCUAACACAUAUUAAAGAUAACCAGAGUAAGAAAAUUGCAGAGUGGCUAUUAAAGAGAAGCACUAGG